UCAGCAGACUGUGUUCAGCAUCGCCACUGUUGAAAAGCCAAAAGUGCGAAGCCUAGCCUUUUUGUGUAUGUGGAAACAUUACGAUUUCACAACAAUGUUCACGGUCCUCUUUGGUCUCCUCGCACUGUCGUGUCUCCCCCUGUCGGUGCUCGGCGCCCCUGAAGAUUGAGAUGCCCGUAUGUACAGAGUGGACAUCACCCUUCCCCCGAAGGAAGGGAGGGACGAGAAUGCCGAUAUACUGGAGAUUAAAACAACAGUGGCGGGGUUUACUGACAUCAAGGUUCUGUUUUCAUUUAAGGAACUCGGGAAUUCAGUGGUAAUUCUUGUUCUUCGUGUUGACAAAGCGUGCAGCUGGCCACAGUUGACGAGCUUUCUGGCAGGCAAGGGCUAUGAGGUCAAGGUGACGCCAAUGUAUUACUGCAGCGACUUCGCCCGGGAGCUUGGUCUAAACAUGACCAGAGACUUCUAUGAUACGUCUCUCCCGGAUGAUGAGGACUUAAUCAUCGGCAAACAGAUCAUUCCUGUCAAAGAUAUGACAACAACUCAGUAUGACGCUAUGCUGAAAACAAUGUUUGAGAAAGAAAUGAGCAUCGUGAACGCAGGUCAACGGGCGGCAUGUUUCAGAACUCUAGCAAGUCUUCCAGUGGAGAUGAUAUACUUCGCUCCGGUUCGCCAAAAGAAAAUGUCGGCUAUAUCGGAUACUAUGAACGCAAAGGGUUACAAUGAUUUCGAACUCCUUCGAAUCGAGAAGCUCGAUCAUUACACUGGAGGAUGCGAGUAACUAGAUAUAAUUUCCGAAUGCAGACACGUAUGUUAAACUGAGAAAACAAAGAUUAAAAUUGUCAUCAAUCUACUGAUCCACCAUAAAAGCAGAUGAAUUAAAGGAAUACAUUUCAGACACGUAUGUCAAGUAAAUAAUAU